GAACAUAUUUGUGACAAUGGAGGGUACAGUGAGGCUUGGGGACUUUGGGAUAUCCAAAGAGCUUCCUGGACCAAAGGCGUAUGCAGAAACCCUAGCAGGUACAUUGUUCUACAUGGCACCAGAGAUACUCCUCAGUCGACCAUACAACAUGUCAAGUGACGUCUGGUCUCUGGGUUUGGUGCUCUACAGCCUGUGCAAACUGACCUACACACAAAAAGAUUUCUAUGCAGCACAAACAAAACAAACGGAUCUCGUCAUACCACACAUCUACUCUAAAGAUCUCCAGAAUCUUGUCAAGGAGUUACUGACAAAGGAUGCGGCCAAGAGACCAUCAAUCAACGAUGUUCUUAAGAAACCUUUCUUGGCUCGCCGUGUACCAAAACACCUUCCAAUUGAGGAAUUAAAAAAGGAAUUUGACUCAGGUCUGCAAUAUGCAAUGGGUCUCGAUGGCAAAGGAUCAUUUUUGGAAGAUGAAGAGUUAUUGAAAGAAAUGAUUAUCGAGCUGGUGGAAAACCUCAAGAUCUUCUGCGCCUUCUUCCGCCACGACCACCAGCACCUGAAAGGCCAGAUCAAGGCCCUGGAUGACAUCACCGACCAGCUUGAGACCAUGCACCGCAAGACCACCAUCGGCAGCCUGACCGGCGGCGUGAUCGGGGCGGCUGGUGGAAUCACCUCCAUCGUGGGCCUCGUCCUGGCGCCGUUCACCCUGGGGGCCUCGCUGGCGGUCACGGCUGUGGGCGUGGGGAUAGCGGCAGCAGGUGGCGCCACUGGCGCGGCGUCCAACAUCGCCAACAUGGUGCGGCAAAAGACCCUGCGCAAGACCAUCGAGGACAUCCUGAAUGACUUUCAGGAUAAGGUCAACCCCGUGCUGAUGAGCCUUAACAAGAUCAACUGCCGGGUGGCCAAGAUGCAGGAGUACCGCAAGUUUGCCACUAGCACCCACAAGCUCCAGGCUGGAGCGAGCACAGGACGUGGGGCGGCCGGGCUUCUACAGGUGGUGCGACUGGCGAAGGCUGUGAACAUGGGUCGCGUAGCAGCUCAGGCUACUCGGGCGGUCAGCGUGGCCAGCAAGAUGACGGCGGUGCUAUCUGGGCUCAUGCUUAUCCUUGACGUGGUCUUCAUUGCCAAGGACGCCAAGGAGAUCCACGAGAUGAACAAGCUGAAGAAGGCGGCCGACCGGGAGGCCACUGGCAGGAUAUCCAUGGCACGAGCCAACGAGAUCAAGUCCAACAUGCUGAAGUUCAUCAACGAAAUGAGGAACACCUCCCGCCAUUUUGAGACCCUUCUUGCAGAGCUGGUGGAGACGAAGAAGGUUCUGGAGGUGGAGAUCAUUCCCAAGAUCUCUAUGAACACAUGA